AUGGCUGUCCUGCUCCGCACCACCACCUGCGCCACCGCCACCACCGCCGGCUCCUCCUCGACCCUCCUCGCCACAACCUUCCGCCGCGGCCGCCGCCUCCUCCCGGCCCGCGCUUCGCCGCCGCGCCGCGCCUUCACUGCCCGCGCCUCGGCCGAGCCGCUGGAGGUCUGCGCCAAGGCCUCCAUCACCGUCCCCGACCGCCUCGGCGACUGUCCUUUCACGCAGAGAGUUUUGUUGACGAUAGAGGAGAAAAACCUGCCUUAUGAAUUAAAACUAGUUGAUCUUGCUAACAAACCAGAUUGGUUGUUUACAAUUAACCCAGAAGGUAAGGUGCCUAUUGUAAAGCUCGAGGACAAAUGGAUUGCUGAUUCUGAUGUUAUAACACAAGUGUUAGAAGAAAAGUAUCCUCAACCAUCCUUGGCAACUCCACCAGAAAAGGCUUCAAUAGGAUCAAAAAUAUUCUCCACAUUCGUUGGCUUUCUCAAGAGCAAAGAUACCAAUGAUGGAACAGAACAGACACUACUUAGUGAGCUGACUUCAUUCGAUAGUUAUCUAAAAGACAAUGGUCCAUUUAUCAAUGGUGGAACAAUUUCUGCUGCUGAUCUCUCUCUUGCUCCGAAAUUAUAUCACAUGGAGAUUGCUCUUGGUCACUAUAAGAAUUGGUCUGUCCCAGAUGCACUUGCACAUGUGAAAACAUACAUGAAGACUAUUUUCUCAAUGGAUUCAUUUGUCAAUACUCGGGGCCUGCCAGAGGACGUCAUUGCUGGAUGGCGCUCAAAAGUCAUGGGUUAA